UGAUUGGCCAAUCAGAGGUGCUGAGAUUCUCUCAGUAUGAUUGUUCAUCUCAUCAGUGAUUUAGAUAACAGUGGAUCGGAUUAGGGCCUGUAGGGGAUUAUCCCGGUUAUUUAUUACUAUUCUGUAUAGUUUAUUGGUUGUAUAAAUACCAACCGUGUUAGAAGUGUAGUGGAAAUAUGUAACAUACAUUUUGGAAUUUAGGUUGGAAUUUUACAGACAUCAUCAGCUCAUCCGUCAUUGGGAACUUUUUUUUAUUCCGUGUUUCAUAGGAAACUGGAUAUUUAGAGGAAAAAAUGAGAACUAGAUUAUCAGAUAAGAUGUAUAGUGUUAUGGAAGUAUUUCUGUUUCUUUGUGUUAGUAUAAAUUGUGUAACAUCCGUUCCUCUAAGACUGUUUUACCCGUACGGCGCAUCCCGCGGUGAUACAUCCCUUAGGUCCGAAGAUGAUGUCAGCUCACCAGAAAUUCAACUCGAGACACCCGUGCAUUUCUACGAUGGAUUUUAUACUAGUUUGUUUGUCAAUUCCAAUGGACAUUUAUCUUUUGAAUCCGAGCUUCCAGGAUACCAGCCUACGAUGGUUAUGCCACUUGGAAUAGAGGUUAAAAUAAUUGCAGCAUUUAUGGCCGACUUAGAUCUUUCUGUUGGAGGAAAUGUCUUCUAUAGAGAAACUACCGAAGAGGCGCUUUUACAGCGAGUCGCAGCCGAUAUACAAGGCCAUUUUUCACAGUUUACCUCAUUCGAACCUCUAGGUCUUUUCAUAGCAACUUGGGAUAAAGCACCCGCUUUCAGGGGAGAUACAAAAUCAGUUAAUACAUUCCAAAUUGUGAUAGCCUCCGAUGAACUGAACUCAUUUGUCAUCAUGAAUUACCUUGACGACGGCGUUCAAUGGAUCCAAAGUGGGGGUAAAUUCGCUGGUGUACGGGAUGAUCCUCCAGCCCAGGCAGGGUUCGACUCCGGCUCAGCAAACAUACAUCUUCAACUUCCAAAGUCCGGAACAACCCGUGUACAAGAACUGGCAUUUGAAUCUAAUGUGAAUAUUCCUGGGGUAUGGAUGUAUCACAUUGGCAAUACCAAAGGUUCCAACGUUCAGCCACCUGAUCUCAAUACUGGGGACGUUAUGAUAUUUGAGCCAGAACUCGACAAACCCACAUGCCAGGAUGGGGCGCGUCAGUGUCACUCAGACGCUAUAUGUGUUGACUAUGCGAACGGCUUCUGCUGCAGCUGUGUGGCCCCGGCGUUCGGUAAUGGAAAACACUGCAUUACUACAGAGCAACCUCAGAGACUGAACGGCAAAGUUUCUGGUACACUAAACGGUGUAUCGUUCGAGAACUUGGACAUGCACGCGUUUGUUGUUACCAAGGACGGACGAGCAUACACCGCCAUCAGUCGGGUACCAGACGAGAUUAGCUCGGGAUUGAUGACGUUGAACACAAUAGGCGGUGUUGUAGGAUGGUUGUUUGCGCUUCAAGGAGGACCUGGAGCCAGAAAUGGUUACAUGUUCACAGGUGGACUGUUUAACAGGACGGCCCGCAUUCGCUACCAACAGGGUGAGGAGGUUGUAAUAGAACAGAAAUAUCACGGGAACAACGUGCUAAACAAUAUCCGGAUGGAAACUGUAAUUAACGGCAACGUACCGUCACUUGCUUCCGCCGAGAAAAUCACCAUCGACGAUUAUAGCGAGGAAUACAGAAGAGCGAGCCCUGGUGUUAUCAGGUCAUCGUCCGAUCGCACGUUCCACGUGAACAACGUAGCGUCUAGAUACACGUGGGAUCAGGUGAUAAACUACGAGGAAUGUGCCUUUGACCCGACUAAAGACCAACAAGACAGUCAGCGUCUCAGUGUUACCAGGAACUUUGUAAUCUAUGACCCAAAUGAUAAAGUUGUUAGAUUCGCCAUGUCCAAUAAAAUCCAGAGACGCACAGGUACAGAUCCAUGCGAGGAAGGUGCAAAAAAUUGUGACGAAAAUGCCGACUGUAUCCCACAAGCAGAGUCAUACAUCUGCGACUGUAAGACAGGCUUCGUCGGCGACGGCAGGACCUGUAUAGACGUUGACGAAUGUGACCUUCGCCUUGACACGUGCGCUGAAAACGCCAUCUGCUCCAACUCACCGGGAUCUUUCCAGUGUCAGUGCGACCAUGGUUACCGUGGAGACGGCAUAACAUGUACACGUGAGGAUGUCAGGCAGUGUGGAGACGAGACUUGCGACGAUAAUGCACGAUGCGUGUUCAACAGUGUAGAACAAAAGCCCAUGUGCGAAUGUCUGUCAGGCUUCAGGCGUGAUGAAUAUGGAAGAUGCCGACCAAUCCCAUUUGCCUGCAACGAGGUCGACAUUUGUCACGAAAAUGCCGAGUGUGUAUAUAACGACAUCGAAGAGAGGUACAACUGUGAAUGCACGGAGGGCUUUAGUGGAGACGGUCUCUUCUGUGAAUCAUCUGAAAUUGGACAGUGUGACUGCGACCCCAAUGCUGACUGUGUGAUUGAUCCGGACCGGAUGAUAUACCGAUGUGUUUGUAAAGAAGGGUAUACAGGAGAUGGACGAUACUGUAAUGAGAUCAGAGAUAUAUCGCGUGUAUGUGACGACUGCCACCCGAACGCCGUCUGUCGGUAUGACCAGUCAGAGGGAAGGUACGGGUGUGUGUGUUCUGCUGGUUACCAAGGUGACGGCACGCGCUGUGUACCGUAUGACUGUCGGGAUGCGGACAUUUGUGACGCCAACGCUAGAUGUGCAGAAGACAGCUAUGGAAACUAUGUAUGUUUCUGCAACUCUGGGUACAGAGGGGACGGACGCCGUUGCAUUGCUGAGGGAUGUAAUGUCUUGAAUAACUGUGAUGUAAAUGCCCAGUGCUUGCCCGACCCCAGGGACACAAGCCGGUACAUGUGUAGAUGUAAUCCAGGGUACUCGGGAGAUGGCCAGGUCUGCAUUAGGAGAGUUAUUCCGUGCAAUGAAGUGGACAACUGUUCGGAACAAGGACAGUGCUUGUAUGACCCUGCCUCACAGGAGUAUAGGUGUCGCUGCAACAGGGGAUAUGACGGCGAUGGCAUCACGUGCAGACCACGUGGCGUUGACUGUCGACGUGAUACAAGAUACUGUGAUCCUAACGCUGCCUGCUUGCUGAACGUUGACACGUUCGUGUGUGUAUGUAACCAAGGUUACCGCGGAGACGGUAGGACCUGUCAACCAAUGAGGGACGAGAUGAAUUAUCUGCUAUUCUCACGUGGUUAUUCCAUACAUAAGGUGGCAUACCAGCAGAACGGGGAAGAUUCGGACGGUUCCAGGGUGCUUUAUGUUCCAGACGAGCUUGCAGUAGGUGUAGCGUCAGAUUGUGUAGACCAGACGUUCUACUGGACUGAUGUGUCACGUGGUCGUAUCUCCAGGGCCAACCUGCAAGGAUUCGAUAAGGAACUCGUUACUGCAGGUUUCAACUCUCCCGAAGGUAUAGCUAUUGACUGGAUUGCGCGGAACAUCUACGUCACAGAUUCUGGUCUUGACAUUAUAGCUGUGAUUAGCAUCAAUGGCACAAACAGGAAAACGCUGAUCUCUGAUGGUGUUAUUAAUCCUAGAGCCAUUAUCCUUGAUCCAUCCAGAGGAGUAAUGUAUUGGACAGACUGGUACAGAAACAACCCGACUAUAGAACGUGCAAAUAUGGAUGGCACAGACCGUGAAGUAUUCGUCGACACGGAUCUCGGACUGCCCAACGGUCUUACCAUAGACUACUACACACAACAAAUCUGCUGGGGCGACGCCGGCGUUAACAGAAUUGAGUGUAUACGUUCCGACGGCAUUGGUCGUCGGGUUAUCACAGAGGAUGCACCAUAUCCAUUUGAUCUGACCUUCUACGGUAACACCAUCUACUGGAGUGACUGGACAAUCAAUGGUGUACCAAGUGUCCACCGUGAUGGCGGCGAGAAAGGAGAGCCGUUAACCCUUCCUGUCGGCGGCAACGGCCGUCUGUAUGGCAUUUCUGCAGUCGGCGAAUUCUGUCCAAGAGUAACAAAUGCCUGUCUGAGACAAAAUGGCGGAUGCCGAUAUCUCUGUUUACCAACACCAAAUGGAGGCAGGACUUGCGCAUGCCCAGACGAUGUCGAUGACAUCACGUGCUCUGAAAUUGGAAUCAUCACAAAGAAAUAGAAACAUAAACAUUUCUGUGUUAAAUUUAUUUUUUAGUCUUUUUGUGUAAAAACUGUAAUGGAAUGAAACUGGUGGUAUGUGUUGUAACAGAACUAUAAAUGUGCCAUUUUUCAGUCACUGCCGAACAAUUUCCGACAAAUCAUGUAGUAGCUUUGGACUUUGAUUUAUUACCAUUCUCAGUAAAGCGGUAGACAUAUCACAACCUAACUUUAUUAUAUUUCUUUAAAGUUGCUAGUAAUCAAGUUUUGAACUUCAUAUUAAUAAGAAAUGACAGUUACAUUUCGAAACCUUCAGACUAAAUGUAUCAUAGGUUAGCCGAGAACAUAGGCUUGUAAACGAGUAAGAACUAUAGUUCAGUUUCCAGCUACUUUAAAAAAAUGAAAAUUUUAACAAUGAACCUGUAUGUGAAAUUGUCUUUUAACGUUAUAUAUUAUAUCAAGCACAUUAUCAUUAUAUGUUAUUUUAGCAAUUAGUAAUUUUACUAAAGCUGAUCCUUUUAGUACUUAUACAUUGGUUUUAUAGUUUUUACGUAUCUAGGGAUUGACUGGGUGCUACGUUUAAUGCACCAGAAGAACAGUUGCCACUCGUUUAGUGUAUGAAUCUGUGUUUUAUAUUGAUAUAAGAGAUUUUUGUAAGAAUUCUCAUUCGUGUUGUGUUCAGCCGAAUAUUUGCUUUUUGUAAGCCUUUGUUUGUGUAUUUUGCAUUGUUGUAAAUGUUGUAUUGCUGAUACUGUGUAUAAUAUAACACCUUAAACCAACCAGUUGUACGCUUAACCUUUAGCCUGUUGGUGGCAAGUGAUUCUGUCUUGCGGCCAGUGCAGAACAAGAUCAGCCUGCACCUCUGUGCAGGCCGAUCAUGGUCUGCACUGUUGGCUCCUCAGUCAGUAAACUUUCAUUGAACACCCUUUCGAAUAAUAAAUGGUAUUGCUCAAAUUGAACGAUGGACAAGUCCAUUUUAGAAAUUUAGCAGGCUAAAGAUUAAUAACUUUUUCUAAUGCAGGACAUGGUAAUUUUCCAUUAUCUUAAAACUUCGGAACAUAUUUCUUUCGAAUUAUACCUAACUUUUAGAAAACGUAUUAGCCCUCGAAAAAUACUAUGCCAUUAUAUAUUUUUUAAUAAAUGUUUUUGCUUGAGUCAUUAUUGAAAAGUCACAAAAUACGAGUUUAAAAACGAGCCACUAUACGGAUGGGAGAUAAUAACAAGAAGAAAAAGACUUAUUUUGUACUUCCAUAUAUUAGAAACAGGUAGGAAUGUGUUUUACAGAGCCAAUAGUUAUACCCAUGCUUACCUACAAAUUAAAUUUGCUCAUUUUAUGAAUGCAUUUCACAUUCAUGUGUAUUUUUGUGCCUUUUCAGAACGGACUGAAGUCAUAAAAUGAAUGAUGAGAAAUUUCAGUGAAAUAAAACCUUUUGUCAAAAUAUCUUGUGUUGAGUUAGAACGCUUGUUAACACUUUAAUGGAUUACUUUCUGACAGAUUUUCCAGCAGAAAACAGCUUUAAACAGUGAACUUGUAAAACUUACAACGAUUAUGUUAAAUUUUGUAAUAAAAUCAUAGGGAAGACAUAA